CAUCCUCCUCCUUCCCCUCAAACCCACAUCUCCUCUCCAGCGUGUCCACAUUUUCCACACAUACGCCCCCCACCCCUUUCUCAGUCCAGCGCCUUAGAGCCCGUCCGGCGGGAGCCCCUGUCCACCCUCCGACCUGGGAGGGAUCGCAGGCCCCGCCCCGCUCCGCCCCGCCCCCAGGCAGAUGGGCGGGGCCAGGGGGAGGGGGGUCGGCCUCGGGACUAGGCCCGCGUGGCCGUUGAGGCAGACCCGCAGCUUCCCGCGCUCGGCCGCGGCAGCCCGGUCGCCGGUCCUGCCAUGUCCUGGGCCGUGGUCUUCGGCCUCCUGGCCGCGCUGCUACUGCUGCUGCUGCUGCUGCUGUUGACCCGCCGGCGCACGCGGCGCCCUGGCGAGCCCCCCCUGGACGUGGGCAGCAUCCCCUGGUUGGGCUAUGCCUUGGAGUUUGGAAAAGAUGCCGCUAGCUUCCUCACUAGGAUGAAGGAGAAGCAUGGUGAUAUCUUUACCGUGCUGGUGGGCGGCAGGUAUGUCACCGUCCUCCUGGACCCACACUCCUACGACUCGGUGGUGUGGGAGCCCCGCACCAAGCUGGACUUCCACGCCUACGCCGUCUUCCUCAUGGAGAGGAUUUUCGACGUGCAGCUUCCACAUUACAACCCCGGGGAUGAAAAGUCCAAGAUGAAACCGACACUCCUCCACAGAGAACUGCAGCUGCUCACGGAAGCCAUGUAUACCAACCUCCGCACUGUCCUGCUGGGCGACACCAUGGAAACGGGCAGUGGCUGGCACGAGAUGGGUCUCUUCGAUUUUUCCUACAGCUUCCUGCUCAGAGCUGGCUACCUGACCCUGUAUGGCGUUGAGACACCGCCAUGGACCCAGGAGAGCCAGGCCCAGGACCGUGUCCACUCAGCCGACGUCUUCCACACCUUCCGCCAGCUUGACCUGCUGCUCCCCAAAUUGGCACGUGGCUCCCUGUCAGUGGGGGAUAAGGACCGGGUGUGCAGGGUCAAAGGUCGCCUGUGGAAGCUGUUGUCCCCAGCCAGGCUGGCCACCCGGGCCCACCGGAGCAAGUGGCUGGAGAGUUACCUGCAGCACCUGGAGGAGAUGGGCGUGUCGGAGCAGAUGCAGGCGCGGGCUCUGGUGCUGCAGCUCUGGGCCACCCAGGGAAACAUGGGGCCCGCUGCCUUCUGGCUCUUGCUCUUCCUCCUCAAGAAUCCCGAGGCCCUGGCUGCUGUCCGAGGAGAGCUUGAGCCUAUCCUCUCACGAGCAGAGCAGCCCAUUUCACAGAUGACCACACUCCCACAGAAGGUUCUGGACAGCACGCCUGUACUCGACAGCGUGCUGAGUGAGAGCCUCAGGCUCACCGCCGCGCCCUUCAUCACCCGCGAGGUCGUGGCGGACCUGGCCUUGCCCAUGGCAGAUGGGCGGGAAUUCACCCUGCGACGUGGCGACCGCCUCCUCCUCUUUCCCUUCCUGAGUCCCCAGAAGGACCCGGCCAUCUACACAGAUCCAGAGGUGUUUAAAUACAACCGAUUCCUGAACCCGGAUGGGUUAGAGAAGAGGGACUUUUACAAGGAUGGGAAGCGACUGAAGAAUUACAGCCUGCCCUGGGGAGCGGGGCACAACCAGUGCCUGGGCAGGGCUUACGCCGUCAGCAGCAUCAAACAGUUCGUGUUCCUUGUGCUGGCGCACUUUGACCUGGAGCUGAGCAGCCCGGAUGUGGAGAUGCCCGAGUUUGACCUCAGCAGGUACGGCUUCGGGCUGAUGCAGCCGGAACGCGACGUGUCCAUCCGUUACCGCCUCCGGGCGUGAGCUCCGGGGCAGAUGGGGCUCCACGCACCCAGCCUGCUCCCAGUCGCCCAACUUUCUGUGCCUGCGUUUGGCCUGGGGGCAGAGCUUUGAACACCAGCAGUGCCAUCACUACCCCCUCCCUGCUUUUUUUCUGGAAGGCUCUGUCUGGGGAAGAGAAAAGAAGGGAAGCUGAGAGAAGGGGAGUGAAGAAAAGACACCAGAAGUGCUGUGGCUUAUCUGCUGCAGAGGUUUAGUUCCAAAAUGAGGCUCUUUCUGCUCCAGCUCCUGUUGCUCCUCUCAUCUGUUUGCUGUCCACCAAAGUGAGGGCAGACAGGGCAAACGGGGAGACCCCACUGCUCUGCCCCAAGCUCCGAGGGGCCACCGUCCAAGCCCCAGACAAUGGUGCAGUCUAGGCCUUCACCAGUCAAGUCAGAUGCUGGCCAUCAAACAGCCACCCAGGGCCUAGCAGUGUGUCUGUUGAAAUAGCAUUGACUUUGAAAUAUCAUUGAACGACCUAAAGAUGUCCCUUAGAACAUCUGCUCUCCUAGGUGCUCCGUUUGCCAGGCACGUUCCCCAUCUCUCUGUUCACACUGAUCUUUGAGAAAAUGCAGGAGGGUGUCCUGAGGUUGGUGCAUCCAUGGUGCAAGGUGGGAGCACCCUGCAAACACUGGGCUCUGAGGAGCAGACUUCUCUGCUAGAGUUUGGGCUCAGGAUGAGCCGGGUUUUAACAAGACAGAGCCCUGACGGGAUGGUCCCAGUGAAAGGAGACAGCCAGGACUCCAAGCCAAAAAAAUAAAUAAAUAAAAAGGCAGGGUGGGGGUGGAGGUGCUGGUUUCCUGCAUUCUAGUUCAGAAGCUCCAGCUGUAGGCACCGUCCAGACUGCAGACCUAUUUUGUGUGGCCUACACUUAUUACCAAACUACAUUAGUGUUACCAUGUCGUCUUUGGGAGAGUUGAUUCAGAAAGUUCAGCCUCUCUUGAAAACUUGAAAGAUCUGUCCACACUGGGCCCAUAUUUCCAAGGGCAGCCACGGGCCAGAGCUGAGUGGCAGCUGCCUCCCUUUUCUGAGGCAUGCGUGCUCUGAUUCACUAGGAUUUCUGCUUGGUCUGCUUUUCCAUUCACGGUACCUCUGGCCCCCCAAAGGCAUCCAAGUUUGAGAGCCUCUUCCUACUCUUAGAGGUGAUGUCGUAGAAGGGGGCGAGAACCUGCUAAGUGGCCCUCAAAUCAAUGGUUCAUCCUGCCCUGGGUGCACUACCCUUUGAUCAAACAGAUCGAUGAUGAAAACUUGCCUUUGCAUCAGCUUUAGGAAAAAAAAAAAUCAAAGAGAAAAACUACCUGAAAGCCUUUAUUAUGAUGAGAAGUAUGAAGUCCUAUUUAUUAAGGGCCCUCUAAAUGCCUAUGACAGGGACAGUAGACACAGUAUUUCUAUUUUUCACAGAAUCUCUGUGAAGAGAGGAUGGUCAUGCCCUCUUUAUAGAUGGAGAAAUGGGCUCAGAGAGGUGAAGUGACUUGCCUAGGGUCACACAGCUUGUAAGCUGGUAGAAUUCAGCAAACAGAAUUACUGUCCCAGUGGCAAAUGCUGGGUGGGCAGCUCUCUGUUCCUUGGGCUCAAGGGGGUGGUGGAGGGCAGUUCUGUUUGGCAUCAGGGAGCUGACGGAGCCAGAAGCACCCAGGGGUGGAUGCAUCUCAUGAGUUGUAGGCGCGCGCGCGCACACACACACACACACACACACACACACACACACACACACACACCCCUAGGUCCCUGUAGUUUUGGCUGGAGGGAAAAGAGAAGACCUGAGAUCUGACUGUUCCAGCGGCUGACCGCUUCUUGGAGUGUGGCACCGGGGCUUGGGGGCUUCCCUGGUCCUCAGCCUGCAGGCGGCCCCAGGAUUCCCAGACAGACAUGGUGAUUGGCGGGAGGCGGAAUAUCCCCAGGGAAACCCAUCUUCAUGCCUGGGUGACCCCCGCUGCCGCCUGCUUCUUAACUCUGCAGGAAAUCAGGGCUGGCAGCCUCCUGUGGGAGGAUGGAGCCGGUUUCCAUGGCAACCCUCGGCUGCCUCCUCCUGGCUUGGAAAGGAAGGAAGGAGGCCAGCAGAAAUAGCUCCAAGGAAGAUCUCUCUUGUGCCUGGCUGCUACCCUGCUGUGCUGGGGAAAAGCCCUUCUGACUUCCCCCUUCCAAAUCAGGGCUCCUUGUCACUGAGACUAGAGUCUCACCUGUGUUCAAAAAAGGGCCUGUUUGCUUUAAAGGUGGCACCUCCUUGGAGCCACAAUCAUUAGGAAGAAACGAUUCUCCUACCAGGCAACUCCAGCUGGUACCAGAGAUAUCGAAGUACAGCUUGGGAGACAAUGCUUUAAACCCACUCUUGUUUUAAUCUUUAUUCUUUUUUCUUUCUUCUUUUAAAAAAUAUAAGCUAUGGAGAAAAGAGGGAGAGAAGAGCGAGUUAGCUCCUUGCUAGUGGUUACUUAGGAAGGUACUGGACAUCAUUGUAUUUCUUCAUAACUUGCUUUACAAUAAAAAAUUGCAGGGCAUACAUCAGAAAUGCUCUCAGGUUGACAUAAUGGAGUGUUUCUUUACCAUCAGCAUGAUUAUUAUUUUUUGCUAUAUUUUGUGUUGUUGUUUACCAGAUAUUUUUCUUUAAACAGACUCAUUUUUUAAACUUAAAUUUGUUUCAAAAGGGAACUUUUUUUUGCUGCUGGUAACUGACAACAUGUAUCACUUGCUGCCAAAAAUAGAAAGUGACUGUGAAAAAUAAAUCUGCUGGGGAGGGGUCCUCCGUGCUAGUGUCACUAAGGCUCAGGACCUGAGAUCUGUCUCUGUUACAAAAUGAAACAAACAAGUGUUUGAAAGGUGUUAAGACCACACCAGCACCACCCUGAGACUUUGUCCUUGACAGUCAGGGGUGAAAGGAACAGGAAGAGGAGUAGGCUGCCCACCAAAGGGUGUGCCUCACACGUGAUUCGAAGGCCACGCAGAGUCAUCUCCUGCCACCCGUGGGUCCUGCCCACAGUGAGCUGAUGGUGUCCCACUGACCCAUUCUUCAGAUGGAGAAACAGCCUCUGAGAGUUGAAUUGUCUUGCUCAGUGUCAUUGAUCUGGAUGUUUGUUGUUGUUUUAAAGACACUGUUUCUUGAGUAGCAGCGACUGUUCCACCUUGCUGUUUUAAUAAAGAGCUCUAUUUUCAUAUACUAUCGUCGAGUGGAAAUGUGCUGAAAUACAUUAAACCAUCCUCGUUUGUGGAACCGCCUCUGAGUGUGAUUCAGAUUGAGAGAGUCGGCCGUGUCCAGAAUGGCAAGGUUAGCACCCGGGAAGGGAGCUCCGAGCACCUACGCGUUGCGAGGCUCUGGGGACAGGAUCAAGUCACACCGCCAGCCACCCUCCAAGUCAUGUAUUAUUAUCUCCGUUUUCACAAAGGAAGAAACUGACGGCCAGAGAGUAAGGUGGCUGGCCCAGGACUCAGGCUCGCCUCUCUGCCUCCCAAGGCCGUGUUCAGGAUCUUUCUAUCAAUGGUCUUCCUGACGGCCGAGGAGGGGCCAGGUGCCCAUAGAGAACCUUUGGAGGAAGAGGCUCACAACCCAAAGUAAGGCAAGCAGAGAAAGUCUCUUAAAAAUCCACUGGAUGUUGUCUGUCCUUCAUGCAAAUAUAUGCAUUUGUUUUAAUACAAAAAAGGAGGGGAGAAAUAAAUUAGCUUUGGGAAAAUUGAAA